AUGGUUUAUACCCUGGUUUCAUAUAGAGAGGAGCGCCGAUUACGAAAGCCAAGUUGGUGUUGGCUUGGUUUUGUCUUCGACAGACAUCAAGGAGGAGGAUUGAUGGUUGACCAGAAGGAAACUGAAGGAAAUGCGUCAACAGGUAGAGAAGAUCGCAGUGUAGCGAUGCUGAAGGCGGAAGCAGUCUACAUGGAGUAUGCUGACCUAAGGAGAUAUGCCUGGCUAUGA